AUGUUCAAGUUAGUAGCUUUAGCCACACUCAUUGGCUGUGCCUUUUCCCAGGGCGGAUUCCAAGAUUUCGCCAACAAAUUAAACCAACAGAGGGCAUAUGCCACUGCACCCCAGAAUGUCCCUGGAACUGUCGGAGCUCCAGGAGGAUACCAGUACGGAGGAGCACCUCAAGGGUAUGCUGGUGGAUACUACGGUAACACUGGUGGAAGCAGCAGUUCCGGAAGUAAAUCCAAGAAACACGGAAGUCAUUCUAAAAAACACAAGCACAGUCAUGGUAAAAGUCAUGGCCACAGUCACAGCCACAGUCACAGUCAAGAAGAGUACAACCCUUUUGAAGUUAGAGAUGGGGGAUACGAUCCUUACGCAGCGGCAAACGGUGGAUACAACCCGUACGCAACAGCAAACGGAUACAACCCCUACAACCCAUACGGAAACAAUGGCGGCUCUAGCAGCAGUGGAAGCAAAAGCAAACAUGGAAGUCACAGCCACAAACAUAAACAUAGCGGUGGACACAGCAAGAAACAUCACAGUCACGGCCACAGUGGAAGUCAUUCAGGCGAUAAUGGUGGAUACGGGGGAUACCCAGGUGGAUAUGGCGGCCCAGGCGGUUAUGGUGGCCCAGGUGGAUAUGGCGGCCCAGGUGGAUACAACGGCGGCGCUGGUGGAUACAACGGCGGCGCAGGUGGGUACAACGGCGGCGCAGGUGGAUACAACGGCGGCGCAGGAGGAUACAACGGCGGCGCAGGUGGAUUUCCCACAGGAACCAACCCUGCAACUAACACCGGAAUCAAUGGCGGUGUAAAUCCAGUGGUAAACACUAAUAAUGGUCCUUAA